GAUGAGGACUACCCUUUCGAUAACAACACCCUUCGUGGUCAACGUACUCGCGGUCAGAUCUGUGCUUACGCUGGGGCAACGAUGACCAUGCAAUUCCGGACUCAUCUGUUCACAGUCCUCAUCUUCGGUCCCUACGCGCGGCUGCUUCGGUGGGACCGCUCCUCUGUAAUCGUCAGCCGUCGGUUCAAUUACGUUGAGUAUCCACUUAUUCUGUUCCGAUUCUACAAACGCUUCGCCCAGCUUACCCUCGCACAACGCGGCCGUGAU